GUGAUAUGCAAAUGACGGUGCUAUUCUUUUAAAUGGAGAGGUUAAAAGUUUUGGACCUAUAAAAGGCGUGGCAACCCCUGAGAACUCAAGUAAUAAUACCUAACACUGAGGGAGAUCGAUUUACUUUCUGCAGGUGGAGGACAUGGGGAUUGAGAUGAAGGUUCUUGUGAUUGUGAGCAUGGUCUUGAGUCUUACCUCAGUCGUGAGUGCCAUUCAGGGGAAGGCAGUUUUCUAUAAACCUCCUUAUUUCCCCUCGGCAUGCUCUAACCAAGACCAAGGGAAAAUGGUUGCUGGAGUAAGUGACGCGUUAUGGAAUAACGGAGGGGCAUGCGGAAAGAGUUACAGAGUCAAAUGCAUAGGAGGAGCCAAUCUUGCUCCGCAUCCUUGCAAGGAAGGUACGAGUGUCGUGGUUAAAGUUGUUGACUACUGUAAAGCAGGAUGCCAGGGAAUCAUUAAUCUUUCUCAAGAUGCUUUCUCCACCAUUGCUGAUACUGACGCCGGUAUAAUCAAAGUGGAAUUUAAUGAGGCUUGAGUUUGAUGCUUCUAAUCAAAAAUGGCUUCUCAACGUCUAGGGAAGAUGAUGAUAAUGUAGCUGUGAAAGAGAAUAAUCUGGAACAAAUGGAAAACUGCUGUCUUCCAUCUGCUAUUCCAAUAAAGUUAGUUAUGCAAAAUGUGGAACUAUUACUUGUUUGGGACGAAACUUCUUUAGCAAUUACAUAUUCACAUCAAAAUUAGUAAGCAAUUCAAUUUAUCCCGGCCCCCAUCCUUUGAAGAGCAAAUAUCUAAAGUUAAAUUAUUCUUUUCACGGACCUUGUCCAAAAAUGUAACAAGCAACAUUGCACUGGCAACAAUUUCCUGCAAGUAUCCAUGUCACCAUGCUAAAUAGCAGCACAUUUUAUCAAAAGGGAAAUGAGCUA